CUUCUCGAUCGCCAGUCCAUUGUUAAUGUUUGCAAAAAUGUGGUGUGUCAUUUUAAUUUUAAAUUUAAUAGUGUGCUCUUACGCACAAACUAUCAACACAUCUUUCGACUUGAGCGUUGCCGGUACCGCAGACGACAACAGCACGCGUAUCAUUGGUGGAAAUCCUACAACCGUGGAAAAGUAUCCGUUCGUUGUACAGAUCCUGUACUCAUCUCAGCUAUCGUGCGGGGGUUCGCUAAUAACUCAGUGGCACGUGCUCUCCGCCGCGCAUUGCUUCGUUGCUCAGAAUGGCCAACAAGUAAGUCCGGUCUACUACAGCGUCAGAGUAGGAUCUUCAUAUACAAAUAGAGGCGGGCUGCUGCGCAAGGUGUCGCUGAUCGUGGUGCACCAAUCAUACAACACGCCGUUGCGUGACAACGACGUGGCGGUGAUGACUUUAUCGUCGUCCGUGCCGCUGUCGGCAUCUGUGGGGCUCGCUACGUUGCCGACCGCAAAAGUUGUGGUGCCGGACGGAACGCCCGUUGUUAUCCUGGGCUGGGGACGGACCAAUGCGUCGGUGGCACAAGGGUCGACGGUGCUGAACGAGGUGCAAGUGUACACUGUGUCGCGCGAAACGUGCGCGGCGCGCUACAAUUUGUUGGAGGUCUCGGGGAUUCCCUACCCCGUCACCGACAACAUGCUCUGUUCGGGCUUGAUCGACGUGGGCGGUAAGGACGCGUGCCAAGGCGACAGCGGCGGGCCGGUGGUGGCGAAGGGCGUUGUGGUGGGGCUGACGUCGUGGGGAUGGGGCUGUGCGGACCCGACGUUCCCUGGAGUCAACACGCGCGUGGCGGCAUACUUCAAUUGGAUCAACUCCACCGUGUUCGGCGUGGCCUACCCGCGGUCCAACAGCGCCACCCCUCUUCAAUUUAGUCUACUACUACUAGCUUUUAGCUUUAUUGCAAUCCGCUAGUACCUCUGUCGGUGAGCGCGUCGUCGACGUAGAGGUCGGCCAUCAGGUCGGCGGAAGGCAGGUCGCGAAGCAGCCGGCGACGCGCAGUGGGGGCCCCGGGAAGUGCGG